AUGAGAAGUUUACUCGUGCUGGCUGUCCUCGUGACGGCCUCCCGGGCGUUCUCGGUGAUCCAGAGCCCACCAUGCUCGGGGACUACGACCUGCUUGGUGAACUGUGUAGUGAACUCGCGCUGUCCAAUUUUCAACCCAACCAAGCCCAUCCUGCUGCCCGGUCCGACCUGUGAUCGUUUCUACAAGUGCGAAAGUGGCCGCGCCUGCGAGACGCUGUGCCCGGGUGGUACCCACUACAACUCUCGCGAGGAGGUCUGCGAUUGGCCGCACCGUGCCUGUUGCGAUCCGAGGAUUGAGUGCCGUCCGGAUCCUUGCGGACCUGGUGGAGAUUGUACCGUGCCGUCGCCACCGAUUUCACCACCGAUCGUCAUUCCGCCACCACCACCACCGCCACCACCACCGUGCACCGGCGGAACCAUCUGCGCCAACAACUGCCCGGUAGACAACCGUUGCCCGUCGUUCGAUGGAUAUAAGCCGACCCUGCUCCCUGGACCGCACUGUGCCGUUUACGCCAAGUGUAUCGCUGGACGGGCUUGCCCGAUGUCUUGCCCGGCCGGGCUUCACUUUAACUCUGCCAAGCAGAUCUGUGACUGGCCGUUCCAGGCUUGCUGCGAUCCUAGCGUACCAUGCCGCCCGGACCCAUGCGGACCAUCGGACCCAUGUGGAGGCGGUCCCAUCUUCCCACCACCGCCACCGCCACCACCGCCACCACCGCCGCCUCCACCACCGCCACCACCGCCACCACCACCACCGCCACCGUGCAGUGGGGGAACUGUCUGCGCCAACACCUGCCCGGUAGAUUAUCGUUGCCCGUCGUUCGAUGGAUAUAAGCCGACCCUGCUCCCUGGACCGCACUGUGGCGUUUACGCCAAGUGUAUCGCUGGACGGGCCUGCCCGAUGCAUUGCCCGGCCGGGCUCCACUUUAACUCUGCCAAGCAGAUCUGCGAUUGGCCGUUCCAGGCUUGCUGCGAUCCUAGCGUACCAUGCCGCCCGGACCCAUGCGGACCAUCGGACCCAUGCGGAGGUCCCAUCCACCCACCACCGCCACCGCCACCACCGCCACCACCGCCGCCUCCACCACCGCCACCACCACCACCGCCACCGUGCAGUGGGGGAACUGUCUGCGCCAACACCUGCCCGGUAGAUCACCGUUGCCCGUCGUUCGAUGGACCGAAACCGACCCUGCUCCCUGGACAGCACUGUGGCGUUUACGCCAAGUGUAUCGCUGGACGGGCCUGCCCGAUGUCCUGCCCGGCCGGACUGCAUUUCAACAACGCCAAACAGAUCUGCGACUGGCCGUUCCAGGCUUGCUGCGAUCCUAGCGUACAAUGCCGUCCCGAUCCAUGCCCACCAGGCGCGUUCGGCUGUGGUCAGAACAACUUCAACAACAACAACAACAACAACAACAACAACUGGAUGUGGGGUUAA